AUGGCCGACCCCUUCGAAGUGCGCAUGCGCUUCACCUCCCAACUCCAACACCUCAACGCCUCCACCUCCUCCGCCCACAAAGCCGCCAACUACGCCCUCCGACACUCCGAAUUCAGCGACGACCUCCACUCCUGCAUCCUCGAACAGCUCGAGCGCAACAACAUGAACAAUCGCGCCAACAUCAUGUACUUCCUCCCAGCACUAUGCGACACGGCAAAAGCGCAAGGCGAGAUCGGAUACAUUCGCAUGAUGGAGAGGGAUAUUCUGAGGAUCAUCGACCUCGUGGCGCCGGAUGAUGGGUCUGGAGCGGCGAAUGUGAAGGUCGUGAGGAAAGUGUUGGGUAUAUUGAGGGAGAGGACAUUCCUACAGCCGCAGACGGUGGUGGAGUUGGAGGAGUGUAUUGUGGGGAGGGACAGUGCGGUGAGGAACACGCCGCAGUCGAUGGCCAGGGAGGCGGGUGGGAUGGGAUCGGGCAUGUUCAAUCCGGGCAUCAGGUUGGAUAAGAGGCAGAUUGAGCAGAGGAUUGAGGAGGACCGAGAGAGGCAUAAACGGGCGAGGGAGGGGAUUUGGGCGAUUGCGCAGCAGCAGCAUUCGAUGGGUGGGUUGGCGGUGGACGCGGAGUUUGAGAAGUUGUGGGAGGAUGGGAGUGUGGUGGACGAUGAUGAUUAUCAGAUGGCGAGGGAGGAGGCGGAGGAGAGGAGGAAGCAUUUGGAGUUUGAUGAUUAUUGA